GCAGGGGCUAACUUUUCAGAAAAUCCAUCAAUCUGGAGAGCAAAGUGCCUGACCACGGAAAGCAUCUUUGCUUUCUAGCCCUGGAGGGGUCAGCCGGAGUACAGCAAGAGAGGAAGAAAGAAAAUCUGCUCUCUGCCUCCAAGGCGCUUACAGUUCAAAUGACUAGAGAGGCCGAACGGGCAGUGCCGCGAGCCAGGAACGACCCUCCUGCAGCCAUGGAGAGCGGGAUGCAGCUCUUGAACCGGGACGGUCACAGCAUCUCCCACAAUUCCAAGCGGCACUACCACGACGCCUUCGUCUGCAUGAACCGCAUGCGCCAGCGGGGCCUGCUCUGCGACAUCGUGCUGCACGUGGCCACCAAGGAGAUCAAGGCCCACAAAGUGGUCUUGGCCUCCUGCAGCCCGUACUUCCACGCCAUGUUCACAAAUGAGAUGAGCGAAAGCCGGCAGACUCACGUAACGUUGCACGACAUUGACCCCCAAGCUUUGGAGCAACUGGUCCAAUACGCCUACACUGCUGAGAUUGUGGUGGGAGAAGGGAACGUGCAGACGCUGCUUCCUGCUGCCAGCCUCUUGCAGCUGAACGGGGUGCGAGACGCUUGUUGCAAGUUCCUCUUGAGUCAGCUGGAUCCGUCCAACUGCCUGGGCAUCCGGGGUUUCGCAGAUACGCACUCCUGCAGCGACCUGUUGAAGUCGGCCCACAAAUACGUCCUGCAACACUUUGUGGAUGUGUCCAAGACGGAAGAGUUCAUGCUUCUGCCUCUCAAGCAGGUGCUGGAUUUGAUCUCCAGUGACAGCCUCAAUGUGCCCUCAGAGGAGGAGGUCUACCGAGCUGUCCUGAGUUGGGUUAAGCAUGACGUGGACAGCAGAAGGCAGCAUAUCCCCCGACUCAUGAAGUGUGUCCGUCUCCCCCUCCUAAGCCGCGACUUCUUGAUGAGCAAUGUUGACACGGAGCUGCUCGUCCGGCACCAUUCGGAGUGCAAAGACCUCCUCAUCGAGGCGCUCAAGUACCACCUCAUGCCAGAGCAGAGGGGGGUCCUGAGCAACAGCCGAACCCGCCCCCGGCGUUGUGAGGGGGCCAGCAUGGUGCUCUUCGCCGUCGGAGGAGGCAGCCUGUUUGCUAUCCAUGGAGACUGUGAGGCCUACGACACCAGGACGGACCGCUGGCACAUGGUCGCCUCCAUGUCCACCCGCCGGGCCAGGGUCGGCGUCGCUGCCAUCGGCAACAAGCUGUACGCUGUGGGCGGCUACGAUGGAACCUCCGACUUGGCCACGGUAGAAUCGUAUGACCCCGUCACCAAUUCUUGGCAGACGGAAGUGUCCAUGGGAACCAGACGGAGUUGUUUAGGGGUGGCGGCCUUGCACGGGCUCCUCUAUGCCGCCGGAGGAUAUGACGGGGCUUCAUGCCUUAACAGCGCUGAGAGGUACGAUCCGCUGACCGGCACCUGGACCUCGAUUGCCGCCAUGAGUACCAGGAGGAGAUACGUCCGGGUGGCCACACUGGACGGCAACCUCUAUGCUGUUGGAGGAUACGAUAGCUCAUCGCACUUGGCAACCGUGGAGAAGUACGAGCCGCAGAUCAAUACGUGGACUCCGAUUGCCAACAUGCUCAGCCGCCGCAGCAGUGCUGGCGUGGCUGUUUUGGAAGGGAUGUUGUACGUGGCAGGUGGCAACGAUGGGACCAGCUGCCUUAAUUCGGUGGAACGCUACAAUCCAAAAACCAACACGUGGGAAAGCGUGGCACCCAUGAACAUCCGGAGGAGCACCCAUGACCUGGUGGCCAUGGACGGCUGGCUGUACGCGGUCGGAGGCAACGACGGGAGCUCCAGCCUGAAUUCCAUUGAGAAGUACAACCCACGCACGAACAAGUGGGUGGCCGCCUCGUGCAUGUUCACCCGUCGCAGCAGCGUGGGCGUGGCUGUGCUGGAACUCCUCAACUUCCCGCCCCCUUCCUCGCCCACCCUGUCGGUGUCCUCGACGAGUCUUUGACAAAGAGUCCGGUCACACCUCGCCUCGAGGGGACUGCAGCAUCUGUCGGAGCGCCAAGCCGGCCUGGCCUGACCCCUGCGGCAGCCACUCCCUGUGACGAGAGGGCGGUGAAGAGGUGGAGGUGCUGCGUCGAGACCUUUUUAGUAAUAACUUUUUUUCCCUAGGGGGGCCGUUUCUGGCUCUUGUGGUGCAGCUCCGAGCGUGGAUCUAGACCACAACUCCUUAAAAACAACAACAACAAAGAAUCCAGAGCCCUCUUGGUUUUCACCACCUAUUUCAUCAUCAUUCGGCUGAUUCUGCCUGGUCCUUCCAGACCCGUCUCGGCGAUCUCCGACUUCCCCGAUUGGA